AUGAGCAGCGAUACCCGCCAAAACACCGGUGGCAGCAUCAGGUCCAAAAGGCGAGUAAACGAUGCUGUCGACGACGAUGGCAGGCAGGCCCCUGCGACCGAUGACCCCACUUCGAAUCCCAAGAGGCAGCGGGUUUCUCGUGCUUGCGACAGCUGCAGGUCCAAGAAGGACAAAUGCGACGGGGCUCAACCGAUAUGCUCGACCUGCGCUUCCCUCUCACGACCAUGUACCUACCGAGCCAAUCCGAAGAAGCGCGGCCUGCCGACUGGAUACAUUCGCACUCUUGAACUGCUAUGGGGACUUGUGUUUACAAAGAUACAGGGUAGUGAGGAGGUUGUUCGAACCCUCUUGAGGGCAGCCAACAUCCCCAGUCACUUGGCCACCAUGGGAAAGGAGGCAGAAGGAUCCGAUACCCUGCUAUCGUCAUGGAAAAACAGUAUUGUUUUGAAGGAGAUUGAGCGACUCUUGACAUUCCUUGAGCAGCCGGAAGAGGAACAAGAAAGGGCCAGGGCGCUUGGAGAGAUCGAAUCUCCGGAUGGGAAUAGUGUGCUAUCGUCCGAAACGCUAGAGUGGCAUCUGCCUGACCCGCUUGGGGACGCAAGAGAACCUCCACUAACCAUUGGACCGUCACCGGUGAGAGCACCCAUCACCCCUUCAGCGGUACGACAAACAUCGACCAGGAAUUCUGGGACACAAACCCUGCCUCUAGUCGAGGAUCAAAUUGGAAGUUCAUCUGGAGCUGGGAUAUCCAAAUCCGUUGCUCAAAACUGUUACCAACAACUUCCACCUAAUCCAUGGCCGUUACUUGAUAUAUACUUCUCAUAUACCCAAUGCUGGUUUCCGAUACUUGAAAAACACGACAUUCUUCGAACCGCGUUCCGCCAUGCGGACGACGACCAGUCUGUCUCAGCCAUGCCACUAGGCUCGGGAGACCACGCUGCCUUGUGGGCUGUUUUGGCACUUGCUUCUAUACAGCAGAGUUCGAUUGCAGCUACACGCCAGCUGGCGGAUUUUGCGGAGGAUCGACCCGACCCUAGUCAGCUGUAUGCGAAGGCGAGAAGCCUAGUUCCUGGGGAGAAUGGAGCCCAUGAAAUUGGCCAUGUUCAAGCACUCUUGGUCUUGUCGUUGAUUAAGCUGGGCCAGCAAGACUGGCCUGCAGCAUGGGUUCUUGUAGGACACGCCGUUAGGAUUGCUCAAAGUCUAGGGCUGAAUAAUCUCCCUGAUCCAUCUACGAACCCUGCCGAAGGAGGAAAGAUUGCAGGGCGCUCUAAACAUGUGUUUCUGGGGUGUUUUGUCCUGGAGACACUAGUUGCGGCGCAAGUUGGUCAAGUGCCUUCUCUACGUAAGAGUGAUCUUACGAAGAUCGGCCCGGUCAAUGAGGAUGGUCUAGAAGAAUGGCAUCCUUGGGAGGAUCAGACUGGUCUUCGUCCGGUUGAGUCAUCCCGAGGUUCGUUUCAUCGAGGGCCCCUUCAUGCAUUGAGUACAUUUAAUAGGCUGCUAUCAUUGAUGUGCAUUCUGAACGAUUUGUGCAUUUGGGGGCAAUCGUCAACGAAUUCACUCUCUCAUCUUGAAGCACUUGAGCGGCAACUCCAACUCUGGGUGUCAGCACUUCCCAAAACAUAUCGCAUCGACUUGCAAACGGUCUCAGCCAAGCCUGCGUCACCGCAUAUAUUUGGACUUGAGAUGAUGUACGAAGCUGUCGCGACAUCUAUAAGCUUGCAGUUUUCCCUGCAGAGAAAUGAGAGAAGUGGGCUACGGCGUGCUGUAGAGGGGUCUAAGCGACUCGUCUCAUUGAUCCAAGCAUACAUGGAGACCUAUAGUUUGUCGGCGACCUGUCCAACAUUUGGAAUGAUUUUAAUGUUGGGUCUUCCGCCAGCUAGUGCGAGAACGAGUGCACCCUGGGUCUUUGAGACUGAUCCUGGUAUCAAGCAGAAAUUACAAUCAUUUUCAGCCCAUCUGGCAACGGUAUGGGUUCAUGAUAGCAGUCUUCCGCAUGCAAGAUCCGAAUUGACUGCUUCGCCUACCUUGGCAGCGACUUUACGCCAGGGCAAUGCUUAUAGGAGCCCACUAGCGCAGAACGUGUCUGGCAGCAAUUUACGAGUGGCCAAUUUGAUUGGUGAUUCUCGCCCAGGGAAUCUUUCAAGCCCAGAGUCGUUCCUCUCACCAACUUGGAUACGGACAUCCUCUAACGAUGAGAAUGCCGCUCUAUCUCUACCGACACCAGCGUCUUCUCUGAAUAUUGGACCUGGUCUUGAAGUACCAAAUCCUCGCUCUCAGCGAGUCGUGCAUCACCAGCAUCGAUCUUCCGUCUCUUCGAGGCAAAACGGGGGGCCCAUGUUAUCGGAUCUAGCGGCACCCUUCUCGGCAACAGCAACGGCUCAGUAUCAACAAACCUACAACGACCCAAACCUGCAGUUCAACUCGAUGGUCGACCUAGAGGGACACGGGUCACUACGUCGGCCAAGAAUUGCUCCUGAUCUCGAUGCGUUGUUCGACGAAUUGGCCUCGCUUGAUGGCACUGACAGGAUGGACAACCAACCGGAGUUUAUGCAAAAUCUGGGCUUUGUUCCUGAGGCAGGCAUGCCUGAGCUAUACCCCUAUACCGGCCAAUCAGACCCAUUCCUCCUAGCCCCGACACAGCCGUCCUUGACCUCUCCCGAGACAACAGAUCUUAGGCGACAGUCGCACAUAACGAGUGAUCCAGCCCUAAACUCCAGAUGA